UCUCUUCUGUCCGCUGCCAUCAUGAACCCUUGCAACCAAACCUCAGGAAACAGCACCCUCCUGAGUUCUCCGACAUCCAGCGUGGCAGGGAUUGUCUUCCUACUCUUGGCUGCCCUUAUAGGGCUGCCUGGGAACUUCUUUGUCAUCUGGAGCAUCCUUUGGAAAAUGAAGCCAAUCCACCGUUCGGUCACCUGCAUACUGGUCCUUAAUUUGGCCAUGGCAGACGGGGUGGUGCUGCUCCUCACGCCCUUCUUCAUCAUCUUCCUCACCUUCAAGAACUGGUUGUUCGGGGUGGCCAUCUGCAAAGGCGUGUACUACCUUUGCUGCGUCAACAUGUUUGCCAGCAUCUUCAUCAUUACCCUCAUGAGCGUGGACCGGUGCCUCGCCGUCAGCCAGCCCUACUUCUCUCAAGCCAUUCGCAAGAAGCACUUGGUCGUCAAGAUCCUGACAGGGAUUUGGCUGGCGGCCAUUUUGUUCUCCAUCCCAGCCUUCCUCUUCCGCCAAGUGUUGAAGGACCCCUUUCUGGGGCAUCAUAUCUGUGAGCCCUGCCACGCCAGGCCUGGCCUGGCGGUCUUCCACUUCUCCUUGGAAACGGUGGUAGCCUUCGUCAUCCCGUUCACCAUCAUCGUAGGAUGUUAUUCCACCAUCUUAAUACGCCUCAGGGGAGUGAGGAGAAGACAAGGGGCUCGGACCGAGAAGCUCAUUGUUGCCAUAGUGAUCUGCUUCGUUGGCCUCUGGGCACCCUAUCACAUCAUUAACAUGAUCCAGGUGUCCUCGAACAUGGCAUCAGGGAGGGUUGCCGAGCGUCUGAGCCAGGCUUGGAAGGGCGGGAGGGCGGGGGCCACCGCCUUGGCCUUCCUAAGCAGUAGCAUCAACCCUGUCCUUUACGUCUUUGCUGCUGGGAACCUCAUUAAGACCUCGGGGGCCAACUUCAUCGCCAAGUUCUUUGAGGGGGCAUCUGAGGGCCUUGGUAGGAGGACUCUGUCACAGAGAAACUUGGCCAAAGAUUCAGUGGUGGUAGUGCCGGGAGCUGCUGUGGUCAUGGAGCAACAACCUCUUGGAGGUUGUGACAGGGUUGACUAA